CACCCACCCACUCACCACUCACAGCCCCGUCCAGCUCACCUCCCGGCACAAAGCCCCACCAUGGCUGACGCCAGCUGCUCCAGGACUUACGUUAUCUCUGCAUCCACCCUGUCUGUCUGUUCCAGUGACCCGAACUGUGGCAGCCGCGUCUGCUCACCCACUGCCUGCACUGGCUUCUCCCGGCAGGUGGACGAUUGCCAGGAGAGCUACUGCGAGCCCCACUGCUGCACCCCGGGCCCCUGCCUGAGCCUCCUCUGCGCCCCAGCGAGCUGUGAGCCCUGCCCCUGCCCAUCAGCCUGCACCAGCUCCUGCACGGCCUUGUGCUGCCCGCAGUCUAGCUGCCAGCCCUCCUGCUGCACCUCCUCCCCCUGCCAGCAGGACUGCUGUGCACCCCUCUGCUGCAGGCCUGUCUGCUGCAGGCCCGUGUGCUGCAGGCCCGUGUGCUGCACGCCUGUCUGCUGCAGGCCUGUGUGCUGCAGGCCCGUGUGCUGCACACCUGUCUGCUGCAGGCCCGUGUGCUGCAGGCCUGUCUGCUGCAGGCCCGUGUGCUGCAGGCCCGUGUGCUGUGAGCCCACCCCCUGCCCCUCGUUCUGCUGCAGACCCUCCUCCUCCGUGUCCCUGCUCUGCCGCCCCGUGUGCAGACCCGCCUGCUGUGCCCCCGCCCCCUCCUGCCAGCCCAGCUGCUGCCGCCCGGCCUCCUGCGUGUCCCUGCUCUGCCACCCCAGGUGCUCCCGCUCGGCCUGCUGUGUCCCCGACUCGGCCUAGAAGUCCGGCUGCUGACCGGGCCCGUCCCCCCCAGGGCUAGCCGGGCUCUAGGGUGCCUCAGCUGAGGGGCUGAGCUCAGCGAUACUAGCAUUUGGCGUCCUCCAGGAGUUUAACCCCCAGAAAAGACCUGGAGACCAUCUCCUCUGUGUCACCAAGAACAGGGACUCCACGUCCUCUGGGGUCUCUCAGGAGUUGCUGCCACGGUCAUCCCAGAACCUACGCGCAGGCCUGAGUCGUGGAAGCGGGUCCUGUCUCUCCUAGCCCAGCGGCUUCUCCCAUUCCCACCCCUCCUCCACCCCGCCCCUUCUCCAAGCCGAGCCUUUCCUGCAGCCCCGCCCCGCGACACCCCGCCCCCCUCCACCCCGCCCCUUUCUCCCUGCCCAGUCCCCACUGCGGCCCCACCGCUUCUCUGCUCCCGGGGAAGGACCUGCCUACCUGGCCUGAUGACCUUACUUCUCGACUUCAUAAGCUUCUUCAUCUGUCAUCCCUACUGCUCUGAGUACGGUGGCGGCAGGGGCUGGGGGGAGGGUGCAUACAACCCCAGGACUCCCAGCGGAACCUCCCGUGACCUUUCAUGGUAAGAGAACCAGAAGACCUCGGAGUCGGGGCCUGGCAAGACCCGGAGCAGCCACCCUGAGUUCCCGCCGAGAUCUGCGCCGCCCAGCCCUCCCGCCGCUCCCCGUGGCUGAGGCGGCCCGGCACCCCACCGUCAACCAUAAGGCCCCAGGAGGCCUGCGCUCUGCAGCCCAGCCACAUCCCGCCCUCUCCUCCGCGGCCAUGGCCCUCCCUCCAGGGUGGGAUCCUGGGGGCAGUGAACAGUGUUUCCUUUGCUCCUCCAUGCUGGGGCCAUCCUGGCCAGGCAGGCCACCCCCAUGAGAACCCGCAAUGGGUUCCUGCUGCCACUCUUGGAUGGACCGCGGCAUCCACGCCAGGCCACCCCCAGCAGUUGACCAAGCACAGCAGGGGUGCGAGGGCAGGGCCAUUCCUGACAGACACCCGCCAUUUGCUCAGGGCACCCCAUCCAUCUGCCCCAGGCCUUCUCAGAGCUGUGCCAGGGGCAGAGCCACUGCUCAUCUGGCCCUCCCUCCUUACAGCUAACUCACAUGAGUAUGGUCAGCCUGGCCACGUUAAGGCUCUUCCCCACUCCCACUCCCCCAUUACUCUUUCAUGGGCAUCCCCACAAUAAACUGCUAAAAAACUUA